CAUGUAAGUUUAGCAGCCUAAUAACAUAAAAAUAUUCAUGUUCGUCCGAAAUCAGAUUUCACUUUUCAUUUCUCACUACGUUGUCAUGACAGUUGAAUUUUAAUAAUUUAACUGAGUAUUAUGUCAUCUUUCUGAAACUUCUAAGAUGCAUCAGAGAAAAGAAAAGGGUGAAAGAUCUUCACAGAAUCCAGUUGAAGCUGUUUUAAAUUUACUGCCUGUAUUGGAAACAGCUGAUUAUCAUUAUGCAGGAAAUGUUAUGGAUAUGAUUUGUGAAGGUUUAAAUGAAAAUAAAGAUUCUAAAGUCUUGAAUGGAAUUGUAGAUUACUAUAUUACUGCCGAUUCUCAUCGCAUUAUAGAUAUUUUAGUUCGAUCCAAAGAGCCUCAUGAUAAGCAUUUAUUUGAUAAAAUUUUUGAUUUGAUGAAGAAUGAAAUCUACCGUUAUAAAGCUGUGCAACUUCUAAUGAAUUUGGUGUAUCGUCAACCUCCAUGGCUGCAUAAAAUUGCUACACAUCGCAUUUUGAAUCUACUUAUAAAUCUUCUGAAGAAUGACCAAUAUGCACCAACUUUAAUGUGUGGACUUCUUACCUUGACGUCACUUUUAUCAAUAAUACCUGGGCAGUUUAUACCUUUUUUAAAUGACACGUUUGAAAUCUUCUCCAGAAUAGCUUCCUGGGGUGGAAAAAAGCCAGGUAAAUAUAAAUGCUUUAUUGUUGAUGUCCAUGCAAUGCAUUUGCAAACUGCAACUGGCUCCUUAUUUCAACGUUUGUAUGGGUUGUUUCCUUACAAUUUCUUGGUAUAUCUUCGUAGUGUGUAUCUAAGUAAUAAAGUAACUGAGGAUAAUGCAGUUGUCUUUAAUAAAGUUAUCAAGCCUCUUGUAAAACAAGUCAGAUUGCAUCCUUUUCUAGUCAAUGCUACAAAAGAACAAGAGCUUGAACCAAAAAGGUUUAAAAAGAUGGCAUAUCAUGAUGUUGUCGUAGAAUGUGCUUCAUAUUGUGUUGAUAGGCCUUCAGAACCCUUUAGAAAUAAUUUGACUUCGUCUAAUGAGCACAACUUAUAUAGUUUUGAUAGUGCACAGUUAAAUUGUUGUAGUAAUCAGAGCAGUUGUUCUAUCAACUAUGAAACUGAUUUUGUAAAUGAAUCUGAGUCAUCCCGCGACGUAAUUCCUUGGGCUACAAAUGGUAUAUCUAAUGUAUCAACACCACAAACUUCUAAUGCUACGUCACCGUUGACUUUAAAAAAUGAAACAAUAGUGAAGAAUUACAAUAGACAAGUUUCAUCAGAAGAAGUACCUUUAGAUAUUGCUGUUGAAGCUAAACCUGAGCUUUUGAAAAUGGAAGCAGAUAAUUCAUUAUCUUCCUUGCAAAGUUUGAAAGAUAUCGAUGGCAGUAAACAGAGUGUCCUUGAAAAUGUCGAUAUUUUAUCUGCUCUUGAAGCAAAAGAAGAUGAUGUUGAUAAAGAAGUAUUGGAAUUAACUUCAAAACAAAGCAUAACUGAAAAUGGUGUGGCAGAGCCAUUAGAAUCCGGAUAUACACCUUCUGCUUCUGUCAUUCAAAACCUAAUGGAAGAACCAGUAGAUUUACUUAAAUCUACUUUGGAAAGAACAGAUAGUUUGACAAAAAGUCACGAAGAAGAAAAUGAAGAGAUGCUCAAUAGUUUACAAGAAACUGACAGCGAAUCUUUUAAAUUUCAUUAUUCCAGCCAUAUUGGUAUAUGUCAUUGUCCUGAUGGAAUAUUAUCUCCUUAUGAAUUACUUACCAGACCAAAAUCUCGUUCUACGUCAUGUCCAAUAGUAAGUUUUAAACAGUUACAAUUACCUACAGAUAUCAAUAAUUCUGAUGAAACUGUUACCGGACCAGAUAGUAUAGUUGCCUGUAAUAGUAAUACAGCCAGUGCUAGUGCCUUUAUGCCCAUUUCAAAUGGGGCUGAAGUUGCAUUUACACAUAAAAUUGCUACAUAUGAAGAACUUGUACCAUACUUGCAUCCAGUGGAAGAGUUAAGAAGGCUUGCACCAGAAUGUUUUGAAACUCAUAUUUCUCAGAAUUCAAUUGUGAAUAGUUUAUCUCCUACUGGUCUCUUAGACCAGUGUGUUCAGUCUGCUAAUGAAGCAGCUUUUGGCCAUUUAUUUUCUAUUCCUAUAACUUCAACAACAAAUACAGAUUGGACUCAUUUUGGAGGAAAAGCUCCACCAGAUGAAAUUUCAAUCUUGAGAACAAAAAUUUUGCUUCUACAAAACCAGUUAGAAUUUGAAAGGCAUAGGAAAGAUGUGCAUAGUGAAAGAAACAGAAGAAUUUUAGGAAGAGUAAAAAAUUUUAAAAUGGAAUAUGAUCAGUUCGAAUCUUUGAAAGAGAAAGUUGCACUCUUAGAACAAGAAAACAGGGAUUUAAGAAAUCAAACAGUCAAAAAUUGUAAAUUAUAUCAACAACUUGAAGCUGAAAUACAGCAACAAGAAAAAACAAUAUGCAGCAAAAUGCUGAAAACAGAAAAGAAAAAUACUGAACUUGAGAAUGCUGCAACAGAAUAUAGGCAACUUUUGAUACAAGAUAAAGAAAAGUUCAAUGAAAUACAUGAACUUAACAAAAAGUGUCAACUAGAUAUCACGCUUCUAAAGCAUCAGUUAGAGCAUGCCAAUAAGAAAAUGCUACAAUGCCAAAGAAUCGAGAGAGAUUCUGUUUAUCUUUCCAAACAACUGAUUUUAUUGCAAGAACUGGUUCGACAGUAUAAAGAGAAAAUAGAAAUGCUGAAAGAAACUCAGCAAUCAGAUGUAGGAGCUAAACUUAAAAGUGAUGCAGCAAUGUUGGAAAUUAAAGAUUUAAAGCAGAAACUGGAAUCAAAAUCUUACCAGUUGGAUUCUACAAAGGGUAAAGUAGCUUCCUUGGAACAAGCAUUAGAAGACUUGAAAACCAAGCAAAAAGAUCACAUGAAAAUUUUAGAAACCAUGAAACUAUUUCAUAAGGAUGAAAUUGUGAUACUCAAUGAAAGGUUGGAAGGUCUUAAGAAGAUUUCCAUCCAGAAAGAUGCCCACAUCUUGGAUCUUUAUAAAGAUAUGGAAACUUUGUUAGAAGAAAAAACUAUGCUGGAGAAGCGGUUAAAUGGUGAUGUAAAUGCGACUACUGCUUCAUAUCACUUAAAUGAUUCUAGUGCUCACAUACAGUCACCAAGCAAUUUUACAAAUCCAAAUAGCUACCGAAAAGAUGCAUCCUAACAGCAAAUUUCCCUUUAUUUGGUGCUGUAUAUAAAGUACAAAUGUUCCUCCAAUGCCAAUUGUGAGAUUUUAAAGCCAUUGUAUAUUUUAUUAGCAAGAAAUAGAAUUGAUUGUGUAUAUUGAUGUUUAAGCUUAAUUUAAUAUUGCUUAAUAAAUAUUUUCAUAUUUU